AUGUCUUCAUCGAAACCGACACUCGGCUACUAUAAGGUCCGUGGAUUGGCUCAACCGAUCCGAUUGUUGCUGAAGUACGCGGGUGUGGACUUCACCGACAAAUACUACGAGUUUGGUUCGGCUGACAGUAUAGAGUCUAUGCGAGUAAACUGGUUGAAGGACAAGUAUCAGUUGGGACUGGACUUUCCCAAUGUUCCCUACUAUCUGGACGGCCAGCACCACAUCAAACUUACGCAAAGUACGGCCAUUUUACGGUACUUGGCCCGCAAACAUGGACUGAUCGGCACUAGUGAGUGUGCACUGGCCCGACAGGAUAUGGCCGAGUAUCAGUUGGCAGACAUACGAAACGGUUUUAUUCAAACUUUGCGAAACAAUGACUUCGAUAAAAGCCGUCAGACCUAUGCCAACGAUCAACUGUCCAAACAGUUGGACGAGUUGUCGACGUUUUUGGGUCAACAACACGACUGGUUGGCCGGCAAACAGUUGACAUACGUUGACUUUCUAGCCUACGAACUGUUGGAUUGGUUUCGGCUGUUUAGUCCCGAAACUUUUCAAAAGUUUCCCGUUUUGAUCAAAUAUUUGAACCGAUUUGAGAGUCUACCGGCGAUCAAGGCCUACAUGUCGUCGUCCGAGUUUAUCAGUUGGCCAGUAUCGGGCCCGAUAUCGCCGUGGGGUUAUAAAAAGUAAAAAAACAAACAUAACUAUUAAUCUAAU